GUGGAUUAAACUCGAGUCCGCGCUGAGAGAGAGCGGCAGAAAGCUGGAACGCGGUGAGGGGGAGAAUAGAUGCGCGUGAACAGGAGAUCGUAGCCUCUCCCCCCAAAAACACACACACACACACACACCCACAUCUCACUCUUGGUGGCUCGUGCGCUCGGCGGAUCAGCUCUUAUACAGUGGAAAUGUGCGCUUGUGCGUUUUUCGAUAAAAUCCUCGUGCACCGUUCUUAUUCUACAUCAUCAUCAUCAUCUUCAUCAGGAGGGGAAUGUAGAGCGGAUGUAACUCUGUCCUGAGAUCGAAGCAUGAUGAUGAUGAUGAUGAUGAUCUAAUCCGGAUCUUUUGAUCUCCUGGAGGAGAAUGUUGCGCGCGCGCGCUGCAGCAUGUGGAGGUUAUAACGCGAUAUGAUGCGGCGCUGCUGUUUGCUUUUCGUGCAACUUGAUAUAUGUUGAUGGAGUUUGUAUUUUUCACGAGUGUGGUGUUUCGUGCCGCACCGAAUGGGGAAGCUUUUUCACUCUCACCCUCUUCUUCUUCUUCUUCUUGAGGAACACCUCAGGAUUCUGACUUUUUGGGAUUUCUGAUAUAUACAUUUUUUUAAGGGCGGAUUCGUAGUGCUGUUUUUUUUUAUUAUUAUUAUUUAAUUAUUUCCCGCGCCCGGAGUGAAGGAUAUGGGCUGCCGCUUUACCGGAUGCUCGAGCAGAAUGGUUUUGGGAUCGGAGCGGGUGGAGGAGAAGCGAGCGACAGGAGAAAACCCGACAUGUGAGGCUCUCGAGCUGCUCUGACCCUGACCGAGCUCCUGAGCAGAGCUGACAUUACACUGAUUCAAGGUGUCCGAACCCUCUUUACAAUGGAAAAGCUGCUCGUUUGCCUGUUGGUCAUUGGAAUGGCAGUGAAGGCCCAGAUCUGUCCAAAGCGCUGUGUUUGCCAGAUUUUAUCCCCCAACCUCGCGACACUUUGCGCCAAAAAAGGGCUUUUGUUCGUGCCACCCAACAUCGACCGGCACACAGUGGAGCUACGGCUCGCCGACAACUUUGUAACAAGCGUCAAAAGGAAAGACUUCGCCAACAUGACAAGGCUUGUGGACCUCACCCUGUCAAGGAAUACUAUAAGUUACAUUACACCUCACGCAUUUGCAGACUUGGAAAACCUUCGCGCAUUGCAUUUGAACCAUAAUAGGCUGACUCGCAUAGGGAAUGACACAUUUAGCGGGAUGUCCAAGUUGCAUCAUUUGAUUCUCAACAACAAUCAGUUAACUCAUAUCCAUCUGGGAGCUUUUAAUGAUCUUCUGGCCCUGGAAGAGUUGGAUUUGUCCUAUAACAACCUUGAAACGAUACCUUGGGAGGCUAUUCAGAGGAUGAUCAGCCUUCAUACACUUAGCUUGGACCACAACAUGAUUGAUUACAUUCCAGAAGGCACCUUUUCUCUGUUACAAAAACUCAACAGACUGGAUGUGACCUCCAACAAGCUCCAGAAGCUUCCACCAGAUCCUCUUUUCCAAAGGGCACAGGUUCUGGCAACAUCUGGAGUACUUACUUCAUCAUCGUUUGCCCUCAGUUUUGGUGGAAAUCCUUUGCACUGCAAUUGCGAGCUGCUCUGGCUUCGCAGGUUAAGUCGUGAGGACGAUUUGGAGACUUGCGCAACUCCGCCUCAUCUAUCUGGACGAUAUUUUUGGUCUAUUCCGGAGGAGGAAUUCCUGUGUGAGCCACCACUUAUCACGAGGCACUCACAAGAGAUGAGGGUGCUCGAGGGUCAACGCAUAACCCUUCGAUGCAAAGCGAGAGGAGACCCUGAACCUGUGAUCCACUGGAUAUCACCUGAUGGCAAGCUGGUAUCAAACUCCUCACGCACCAUUGUUUACAAUAAUGGGACCUUGGAUAUCUUGAUAAGCACAGUGAAAGAUACCGGAUCCUUUACUUGUAUCUCUUCUAACCCAGCUGGUGAGGCCCACCAAACCAUUGAGCUUAUCAUUAUCAAGCUUCCGUACAUCAGCAACAGCACCAAUAACAUCCAGGAGCCAGAUCCAGGCUCAUCAGAUAUUUCCACCUCUAGUAGAACUGGAGCCAACGGAAGCAACCACACUGCAGACUCCAAAGCAAGCUCAGAUAAGCGUGUGGUGAUAGCUGAGGCCACUUCUUCCACAGCGCUCAUUAAAUUUAACUUUCAAAGGAAUAUUCCCGGAAUUCGCAUGUUUCAGAUCCAGUACAAUGGCACCUAUGACGACUCUCUUGUUUACAGAAUGAUUCCACCGACGAGCAAAAACUUCCUGGUGAACAACCUGGCAGCCGGGACACAGUACGAUCUCUGCGUCCUCGCCAUCUACGAUGAUGCCAUCACGUCCCUGACGGCCACGCGUGUCGUCGGCUGCAUUCAGUUCACCACUGAGUCCGAGUACCUCCGCUGCCACUUCAUGCAGUCGCAGUUCCUCGGAGGAACCAUGAUCCUGAUCAUCGGCGGCAUCAUCGUGGCCUCCGUUCUCGUCUUCAUCAUCAUUCUCAUGAUCCGCUACAAGGUGUGCAUGAGCGGUGACCGCGCCAAGGGGACCGCCGCCACUGGGGUGCAGCCUGAUGCCCCCGCAGUCAGUCCAUCAGCUAAUAAAGAGGGCGCCGUGGCUCCAGAGGGCGGGGACGACUACCAGAAAUGCCUCGUCCCCGGAUUUCCAGAUUCCCUCACUCAGUCGUCAGAGACUUCUCUUCCUGACUGUUCCACCGAGACGUCUGUGGUGAGCCAGAGCUGGGACACGGGAGGAUCUUCGGCGUCCAUCAAGCCGAAACGGAGACCAGCACCGAAGCCGGAGGAGAAGACUGACCUGGCACUCGGUGCCGAGACUCACAACACCAACCGCAACAAUUCUAAAACGCCACUUCUGCGUUCUGAUCCCCCGUCAAGCCCCGCUCCUUUGCUGCCUUCUCGCUUUAGGGACACUCCCAUCCUGAGGAGGGCGCCACCACGUCCAUCUGUAUCGAAAUAUCUCACACUGCCGGUGGAGGGGACGCGAGCUGCACCGCGCAGGUACUCGCUAAACGAAGACUUCAAACACCACUGCUACGCCGGCAAGCUCGGGAACACUCGGUCUUCUCUGAAAGCCCGUGGAGAAACAGGACGCUCGCUUGCCUUGAGGAAACUUCCUCUUACUGCUCAUCGCGCUGACAAAUAAAACACGUCAGUGCCUUUCUAUUAAAAAAGGGAGGGAAAAAAAGAAAAGAGGAGUUCCGGCUGGAUUGAGGACCGCGUUUCACCAGACUGAGAAGUAUUUCACACAAAAAAGCCUUUCUUAACCUUUCUUUAAGGGGAAUAACGUUUCCUGUGCGUGGAGAGUGAGAUAGAGAGCAGAGAGAGAAAAAGAGAGAGCAAAGAAGAAAAAAAACCAUGAUACUCUAAAAAAAAAAAAAAAACCUGGACGUGUUAUUAAAGUGAUAUUUUUUAAAGAGAAAAAAAAUAAAAACAGAUCAAAGUUUUUUUUCUUUUCAGUGACAUUGAUAUUGCCUUAAUUUGAAGGCUCGAAAGUGAAAAAAAAAAGAAAAGAAUAAGUGUACAGAAAGACAACAUCUACUGUGUUGGUAUGUUGUGUAAAAUAAAAUAAAAUGGAAAAAAGAAAGUAGUGCACGUGUUUGUUAGUCGUGUUGUAAAGUGUAAAAACACACUUAACGAAGACAUGACGAACCUGAAAAGUAAUAA